AUGGCGGAUGCGGGCAGCAGUCGCAAGCGGGCUCGCAAACUCGCCCUGUCCGAUUCCGAUGAGGAGCUUUCCUCGGAAGACGAGUCGGACAUGGACUAUGAGGAGGAGGAGCCCGCUCCAGCCCCAAAGCGCGGCAGCAAGCCUCGUCCCAGGAAGGCCGAUGCCUCGACGCGAGGCGAGGACGACAGCGGCGACGAGGCGGUGGCCUUCACCGAGGCCGACCUUGUGGAGGACGAGGCUGACGCCGCUCGGCUAGCCCAGAUGACGGAGCUAGAGCGAGAGUUCGAGCUGGCGGAGCGUGCGGAGCGGCGGCAGCAGGAGGUGCAGCGCCGCAAGCUGCUGAAGCAGACGGGGAAGGCGGCCCAGGAGGCGGCGCACGGCCCCGUCCCGGCGGGGCCCACAGUGGCGGGGACCCGGAGUCGGGGCGAGACGCUGGCGGGGGAGGGCGCGGGGCGGUCCAUGCGCAGCGGGCGGGAGGAGAGGGAGGAGGCCGCCAAGAAGACGGCCAUGCAGGAGCUGGUGGCUGCCAGGAAGGCGCGGACGGAGGGCAGGGGCCCGGCUGCCGACGAGGAGGCGGAGAGGGACGAGAGCCUUUCCAGGUCCCCUUCGCCCCGCCGUGCGCGGCUGCCGUCGGAUGAUGAGGACGAGGCACUGUCAGACCUGGAGGAGGACGGCGCGGCGGGUGGAUGGAAAACGCGGCAAGAGGACGAGGAGGAGGAGGACGAGGCCGCCUUUGAGGACGUGUGCAGCGUCAUCGUCCCUCGCUACAAGCUCGAAAAGUGGCUGGGGGAGCCCUUCUUUGCCGCCACCAUGCCCGGCUGCAUGGUCCGCGUCUCUCUGGGUACACGUACAUGCUCCGACGGCAUCGCGCGGCCCCACUACAUGCUGGCGCAGGUUGUGGACGUCGAGGAGCGCGCCCCGGGAGUCUACAAGGACUCUGGGCAGCCCUGGCGCAGCCCCUACCCCUUCGGACCGAACCAAGAGAAGACGAGCACCUGGCUGCGGGUGGCGCGCGGCUUCAGCGAGCGCGGCAUGCCCCUGGCCCUGGUCUCCAACUCGGCUGUCAGCGAGGCCGAAUUCGAGGCCUGGCAGCGCGCCUGCAGCGCAGACCGCCGGCCCCAGCUGGGGCGCACGGAGGUUGCCGAGGUUGCCCGCCGCAUCAAGGACGCCGAGACGUAUACCUACACCGCCGCCGACGUGGCGGCGGUCUUGGAGCGUAAGCGCGCCAAGGGCGAGGGCGCCCGGAAUGCCGCCCUGGAGAGGGCGCGGCUGGAGCGGGAAAGGGACGCGGCCGCAGAGGCGGGGGACGUCGUCCGACAUGCAGACCUUGAGAAGGAGCUCAAGGAGUUGGAGGAGAGGAUCGAGGUGGCCUCGGCCCGACGGGGUCUGGGUGUGGGCAUGGAGGACAUCAACAAGAAGAACAGGAACAUCAACUUCCAGCACGUGGUGGAUCUUUCCUCCUUGGACCUGUCCCUGCUGGAGCGGCCGCCCGCGCUGCACCCCCUGGCCCGGCGACUGCUAGGCGCCGCGGUGGCGCGCCAGGUCAGCUCCGCCAACGCAGAGCUGGCGGCGCGGCCGGGCGUACAGCCCCUGCAUGGUGCCGCCUGA